UCCCACUCCUCUGCCCCUCCCCUCCCCUCCCACAAUUUUUUUCACCAUCCCUCUCCUCCUCUGUCACAUAAAAAAACAGAGGAAAGGAAAUUCCUUUAUUAAUUAUUUUUUUCAGAGAAGCAAAAAAAAAAAAAAAAAAAUGGGGCGUAGAAUCUGAAUAGCUUCUUCUCUCUGCUUCGCUUUCGCUGCGAGUGUCCCAAUAUGGGUUGGGGGUGGGUUUGAAUGAGAGACCCAAAAGAGUAAUCUCACUCCCUCGACCUAAAUUCCACCUGUAUUGGUUUAUCAAUGGCAGCUUCGGAGGCAGCUCAGGAGGUGCUCCCAUGGCUCAAAACCUUACCUUUGGCUCCGGAGUACCACCCGACCCUAUCCGAGUUCCAAGAUCCGAUUUCCUACAUUUUCAAGAUCGAGAAGGAGGCCUCCAAGUAUGGAAUCUGCAAAAUCGUCCCGCCGGUGCCACCCUCGCCGAAGAAGACUGCAAUUGCGAACCUGAACCGGUCGCUGUCGGCGCGGAACCCAGAGUCCGAGCCCACAUUCACGACCCGGCAGCAGCAGAUCGGGUUCUGCCCAAGAAGGCCCCGCCCGGUUCAGAGACCCGUGUGGCAGAGCGGCGAGUAUUACACGUUCGAGCAGUUCGAGGCCAAGGCCAAGGCCUUCGAGAAGACCUAUUUGAAGAAGUGUGGUGGUGGUGGGAAGAGAGGUGGGGCUGGGGCGCACCCUUCGGCCCUGGAAAUCGAGACCCUUUAUUGGAAGGCCACCGUGGACAAGCCCUUCUCAGUGGAGUACGCGAACGACAUUCCGGGCUCGGCCUUCGUGCCGUUUAGUCCCAAGAAAAGCAGGGAGGUGGGGUGGGAGGGUGUGAGCCUUGGAGAGACUGCGUGGAACAUGAGGGGGGUGUCGCGGUCGAAUGGGUCUCUGUUGAGGUUCAUGAAGGAGGAGAUUCCUGGGGUCACGUCUCCGAUGGUGUACGUAGCCAUGUUAUUUAGCUGGUUCGCUUGGCACGUGGAGGAUCACGACUUGCACAGCUUGAAUUACCUGCACAUGGGGGCCGGGAAGACGUGGUACGGCGUGCCGAGGGACGCCGCUGUCGCGUUCGAGGAGGUGGUCAGGGUUCAUGGCUAUGGAGGAGAGAUCAACCCUCUUGUUACUUUUGCUAUUCUUGGGGAAAAGACCACAGUGAUGUCACCUGAAGUGUUUAGUAGUGCAGGGGUUCCAUGUUGCAGGUUAGUGCAAAAUGCUGGGGAAUUUGUUGUCACUUUCCCACGAGCCUAUCAUACAGGGUUCAGUCAUGGAUUUAACUGUGGGGAGGCAGCUAAUAUUGCAACUCCUGAAUGGUUGAGAGUUGCUAAAGAUGCUGCUGUUCGAAGAGCUUCUAUCAAUUAUCCUCCCAUGGUGUCUCAUUUCCAGUUACUUUAUGAUCUUGCACUGGCAUUAUGUUCAAGAAUACCUGCGAGCAUCAGUGCUGAACCACGAAGUUCUCGGCUAAAAGAUAAGAAAAAGGGUGAAGGAGAAACAAUGGUUAAAGAGCUAUUUGUGCAGAAUGUAGUACAGAAUAAUGACCUGCUUCGCAUUCUUGGAAACGGAUCUUCAGUUGUACUUCUUCCACAAAGUUCUUCUGAUAUAUCCGUUUGUUCGAAAUUACGUGUUGGAUCCCAGUUAAGAGUAAACGCCAGCUUGGCCCCUGGUUUAUGCAGUUCUGGGGAAGUGAUGAAAAUGAAAUCCUCAAGUGUAGUUUCUGAUGAUCUUGUGCGAGACAGGAACCAGGGAAUUGGGCUAGUGAAAGGUUCCUUUCCAGUGAAAGGAAAUUUUGGCUCUUUGUAUGAGAGGAACAGAAUAUCCUCAUUGAGUAGAUUUAAUAAUAUGUGCUCCUCAAAUUCCAAGACACUGAAUACAGACUGUGAAAGAGAAAACACAAUUCAAAGCGAUGGGUUGUCAGAUCAGAGACUAUUUUCAUGUGUCACAUGUGGAAUUCUAAGCUUUGCUUGUGUUGCCAUCAUUCAACCAAGAGAACCAGCUUCUAGAUACCUUAUGUCAGCUGAUUGUAGCUUCUUUAAUGAUUGGGUUGUUGGUUCUGGAGUAGUUGGUGAUGGGUUUACCAUUGCUAACGGGAGUGCAAUUACUUCUGAUCAGGAUAUUGGUACAGAACGGAUGGAGAAAAGUGCCCCAGAUGGUUUAUAUGAUGUCCCUGUUCAAUCUGUUGAUUACCAAAUUGAGAUGGCAGAUCAAAGUCAUGAAGGGGUUUCUAAUGCUGAAUCACAGAGAGACACUACUGCUCUUGGCCUAUUAGCUUCGACUUAUGGAAAUUCAUCUGACUCUGAGGAGGAUCAGGGUGAACCAGAUUUUCCUACAUGCGCUGAUGAAACUAAGUUGAUAAAUUGUUCGUCAGAAAGUAUAUAUCAACGUGAUAAUUCUGGUUCGCCUCCCAUGCAAGACUGCCCCCAUAAUGCAACUGGGGUUCUCAAGAAUGGAAGUCGAGCUUCUGACUGCUCUGUUGAGUUUAGAACUGAUGAUCGUACUUCCUUAAAGUCAAAUGGAUUGGAGGGCAUAUUAAGUGAUCCAAUGACAGUAUCCCAUAUUAGUUCAGAUUGUUCUCCAGAUGCCCAUGAUGCUGAGAAAACGAAGUUUGGCAAGGCAAUUGUACCAAUAGAGAACCCCAAUAUGUCAUUGGCUCCAAGAUCUGAUGAAGACUCUUCUAGAAUGCAUGUCUUCUGUCUUGAGCAUGCCAUAGAAGUAGAGCAGCAACUUCGUCCAAUAGGAGGAGUGCAUAUACUGCUCCUUUGUCAUCCAGAUUAUCCCAAGAUAGAGGCUGAAGCAAAGUUGUUGGCAGAAGAACUUGGAAUUGAUUAUCUCUGGAAUGAUAUCACAUUCAGAAGUGCCACCAAAGAGGAUGAGGACGGGAUCCGGUCAGCUCUGGAUAGCCAGGAAGCAAUUCCUGGCAAUGGGGAUUGGGCUGUAAAGCUUGGAAUCAAUCUCUUUUACAGUGCCAACCUUAGCCGCUCUACUCUUUACAGUAAGCAGAUGCCUUACAAUUUUGUUAUUUAUAAUGCAUUUGGCCGUAGUUCUCCGGCUAGCUCGCCUAGAAAAGCUAGUGUCUACGGGAGGAGGUCAGGCAGGCAGAAAAAAGUAGUGGCAGGGAAAUGGUGUGGGAAAGUCUGGAUGUCACAUCAGGUUCAUCCCUUUUUGGCAAAAGGGGAUCCCGAUGAUGAUGAAGAAGACAGAAGCAUCCAAACUUGGACAAUGCCGGAUGUGAAGCUUGAGAGAAAAACAGAAAGCACAGCAGUUAAAAGUGAAGCCCCCACGGUUAUCAGAAAAUAUCGUAGGAAGAGAAAGAUGACAGUAGAAAGUGGGUCUACCAAAAAAGCCAAAUGUAUUGAUAGAGAAGAUGCAGUUUCAGAUUAUUCUGUGGAAGAUAAUUCUAAUCGGCAGCAUAGCAGGACCCUAGGCAAACCAGCCAAAUCUAUAGAUAGGGACCAUGCAGUUUCAGAUGAUUCAUCGGAGAAUAAUUCUCAUCAGCUACAUUGGAGGACUUCUAAAAGCAAGGAAGCCUUUUUUGAUGAGAGAGAAGAUGCAGUUUCAGAUGAUUCAAUGGAGGAUAAUUCUCAUCUGCGGCAUAGGAGGAUUCUUAGGGGCAAGCAACCCAAAUAUUUAGAGAGAGAAGAUGCAAAAUCAGACGGUUCACCAGGGAAUAAUUCUCAUCAGCAUAAUAGGAGGAUUGCUAAAAGCAAGAUUGGGAGAGAAGCAUCUUCUGAUGAUUCACUGGAGGAUAAUUCUCAUCAGCAGAUUAGGAGAGUUCCUAGAAGGAAUCAAGCCAAAUGCAUUGAGAGAGAAGAUGCAGUUUCAGAUGAUUCACUUGGGGACAAUUCACAUCAGCAGCACCGGAGGCUUCCUAAAAUCAAGCAAGCCAAAGCCAUUGAGAGAGAAGAUGCAGUUUCAGAUGAUUCCCUUGGGGAUAAUUCACAUCAGCAGCACCAGAGGCUUCCUAAAAUCAAGCAAGCCAAAGGCAUUGAGAGAGAAGAUGCAGUUUCGAAUAUUUCACUGGAUGAUAAUUCUCAUCAUCAGCAUAGGAGGAUUCUUCGGAGUAAGAGAAUGAAACCAGAGACCCGUCAGCAAAUGAAGAAAGAGACCACUCGGCAUGUGAAACACGGGACCUCUCAGGCUGCAAAACAGGUGACCCGUCAGGUUAUGAAAAAAGAGACCCCUCAACAAAUUAAACAACGAACUCCUCGGCUUCGGAAUAAUCAAUCUGAACAGAAUGCUGGCCGGUUUGGCUUGUAUGUCGAAGAGGACCCGGAAGGUGGACCUAGCACACGCCUUAGGAAGAGAAUCCCAAAGCCCCCAAAAGAGCCUGAAGCCAAACCAAAAGAGAAGCAGCAAACUAGUAGGAAAAAAGUGAAGAAGAAUGCUUCUGCUGUGAAGGCUUCAGCUGGACACUAUUAUCCAAAAGUGGCGGAUGAGGAAGUAGAAUUCCUGUGUGAUGUUGAGGGCUGCACCAUGAGUUUUGGCUCAAAACAAGAGCUCGCCUUGCAUAAAAGAAAUAUCUGUCCAGUCAAGGGCUGUGGGAAAAAGUUCUUCUCGCAUAAAUAUCUGGUGCAGCACCGGCGAGUUCAUCUGGAUGACCGUCCUCUUAAGUGCCCUUGGAAGGGCUGCAAGAUGACAUUCAAGUGGGCAUGGGCUCGAACUGAACACAUUAGGGUUCACACAGGUGCUCGUCCUUAUGUGUGCGCCGAGCCAGGCUGUGGGCAGACAUUCCGGUUUGUGUCAGAUUUCAGUCGCCACAAGCGGAAGACUGGUCAUUCAGCAAAGAAGGGAAGGGGAUAAUUUCAAUGGAAGAGGAAUGUAAUUUUUCAUUGCUAGCUAAUAUGUUGUUCAAUUGACAGGGUUAGGGCUAGGUUUCAACAUAGGUUUAGGUUUUCUCUGCAAUUGCCAUUCAGAGCAACUGUUAAUUCUGCUUGCCUGGGGUCUUCAUUGGACCCAGUUGUUUACUGCCACCAGAGCAAUUGCUUGGAUGUUCAACAUUCUUAUCCAAUGAAUCUUACAUGCUAAUCC